AGAGGCGUUCUAUACUCUGUCCUCACACAAGCAUAAUUUCCCCCAUUGUCUGUAGUUUAGGGUAUUGCUUGGCAGUAAACGAUAUGCCAAAGGCACGUGCCUUAACUUAUAACCCGUCUGUUGGUAGUCCGUGUGUGCAUUCAUAUCAGUCAGUACACUCGCACGUUUCUCUACAUCAUCCAGAUGCUGCCUUGGGCAACACUGCGUCCCUUUUUCUACACAGUCGACCUGCUCCUGCUAAAGAAGGACGAGAGGCAUCCUCGGGAGUUUUAUACGCGGUAAAAUGGACGAGAAAUACUGGAGAAUAGACACUAAACAGAAGUAACCCAGGAGAUGUGCACAGCAGUCAUGUUGUUUUCUUAGAGUGUUGUGAAGGUGCAGUAUCUGGUGCAAAAAUGACUGUCUGCGAUAAUCCAUCUAGAACUCUGAGCAGCAGCAUCGGUCGCGGCGAUGUAUGCCGUGACGUUGUCAUGCCAAUCAACAAGACAGUAUAGUCGUAGCAUGCACCACACCUUGCUAUAUACGUGCCCCUCGCCAUACGGACGGCUGUGUGUACAGCAACCAAACUCAUUUACUCAGCAUUUACGUCACAGGACAACCCUACGAUAUAUCAACGCGCGUUGGACAGGCUAGCUAGACGUCACAGGGCUGACUAACAGCGGCUCGUACUGGACAAAAUACGGCCCGAAUUCGCUGGCUGUUUGUUGCAUACGAUUUGCUCUGUGCCUCACCCUAAACAAGAUGGGCUGUACUAUGAGUGCGGAAGAUCGGGAGGCCGCCGAGAAAAGCCGGCAAAUUGACAAGACUCUAAAAGAUGACGGGUUGCAAGCAGCCAAGGAUGUUAAGCUACUACUACUGGGUGCCGGGGAAUCGGGGAAAAGCACAAUCGUCAAACAAAUGAAAAUUAUUCACGAAGAAGGAUUUAGUGAUGAAGACGCCAAGGUGUUCAGACCGGUCGUAUUCAGCAACACGUUGCAGUCAAUGGUAUCAAUAGUCAGAGCCAUGGAGAAACUGGAAAUAUCCUAUGGAGAUCCAGCGAGAGAGGAUGAUUGUAAGAUGGUGCUGGACAUCGUAAGCAAGAUGUUAGAUUCUGAACCCUACUCCUCCCCCCUGCUAGGCGCCUUAAAAAGACUCUGGGUCGACCAUGGUAUAAAGGAAUGCUUCAAUCGAUCAAGAGAAUAUCAACUGAAUGAUUCUGCUAAAUACUUUUUAGACAGUUUGGACCGUAUCGGUUCGGACGACUACCUGCCUAACGAACAAGACAUUCUACGGACGCGAGUCAAGACAACGGGCAUCGUUGAAACACACUUCACCUUCAAAAAUUUACACUUCAGGCUAUUUGACGUUGGGGGUCAGAGGUCAGAAAGGAAAAAGUGGAUACACUGUUUUGAAGAUGUCACAGCAAUCAUAUUCUGUGUAGCAUUAAGUGGGUAUGACCAACGGUUGCUAGAAGACGACACAACGAAUCGGAUGCAUGAAAGCCUUAAACUUUUCGACUCAAUCUGCAACAAUAAAUGGUUUACUGACACGUCAAUCAUCCUCUUCCUCAACAAGAAAGAUCUAUUUGAGGACAAGAUUGAGAAAUCUCCUCUCUCCAUUUGUUUCCCAGAGUACACAGGUGAGAAUGAAUACUUAGCGGCAGUCAUGUACAUCCAGUCCCAAUUUGAAGCACUUAACAAGAGUAGCAACAAGGAAAUAUAUACACACAUGACGUGUGCUACGGACACUACCAAUAUUCAGUUUGUAUUUGAUGCCGUCACAGAUACCAUCAUAGCAAACAACUUGCGAGGAUGCGGCUUGUACUGAGGGCCUUUCUGGGCCUCCGUAUACAAACGCUGUAUAUAAAGUUGUACAUUGGGCAUUUGAGGAUAAUAAUGGUCCGUUCGCUACAUACGGCGGGAGAACAAGCCUUUGUGCCGAUGUCGGUUGGGGUUGCGAGUCUGUUACGUCACGCGGGAAAUAAACGCUAAAAAAGUGGCGUUGACAAAUGCCCGAUUGCCUGAUUGCCUGUGCGUGUGAAACGCAUGGGAGAAUCCACGCAAGUAACCAGUGAGGUGGGCAGAAUAUCAAGAUCUUCUGCUGUUUUGGAAACUGAAGUUUGUGGACAUCAAUUCUAAGUUGGGAGUGAAGAUGGUUGGAGUUUAUUUGGCAGUUGCCAACUUCAGGAUUUUCACUUACUAACAGCGAGAGAGAGACAAUAAUCGACGCAGACGUGGAAUAAACGGGGACACAACCAGGUGACAGAUAUUUUAAAAACUAAAUUUUCCCGCCUUCGGUACUCGUUGUGACUAUUUAAAACAAAACUGUUUCAUUAAGAAAAAAUGUGAACUGUGUAGUAACUAUUACAUUUGAUAUACUGAUGAAUAUUUGGAUGCCAAUAACCACUCUUCUUGCAGCAAGUUGUUUAUUUUAAAAUUCAUUUUGCAUGUAAUCAUGUAUUGUGCCGUUCGUAUUACGACAAUCUGUUGCUAACUUCAAUGCAAGGUUAUCCCAAACUGUGGUUAGUGAUUAUAAGAUGGUCUACUUUACCAAAUUUGUAUAAAAAUCGAGGACAUUAUUGUAGGUUUUGAUUAUAGCCACAGGCUUUCAUGCAUUUUGCAAACAAUAGCAAAGAAAUCAGGUAUUUCAAACCACGACAAUGAGACUCUGACAAAUUUGUAUUAUUGAAGAAGAAAAAAAUUGCUUUUUUGAAAAAAUACAUUAAAUGAAUUCCCUGUUAUAUUUUCAAAUGACGUGUAAAGUAACCUAAUCAGUUGACCAACGUAACGUAUAUUGUUGACAGGAUACCUGCCUUACGUCUGAGGACCACCGAACACGGGCACCAGGCGAGUCGGUUUAGAAACCACUUUAUAUAGUUUCGUGGCAUUAUACUUGUAUACUUUUGUGAAUUUUUUUUAGUGAUUUUUGUUGUCACCUUCAGGUGUUUUUAGGCCACAAAAUCUUUAGUAUCACGUCUGUUUAGUGCACAGUAAAUGGCGACAUUUGGCAAGAAACAUUUGAACAUUGCAUUGCAACGUUAAGCAUGGAUACCAUGUAGGGAAUUCAGUUAUUCUGAAAACUGCCCACAUUGCAAUUCUUUUCAAGACACCGGACACUAUUGGUAGUUGUCAUAGACAAGUCUUCCUAUUUGGUGUAUCUCAACAUAUGCAUAAAAUAA